AAAAACGCCGCAUAAAUUAAAAUUAAUUUUCCUCCGCAGUUUGGCGGUUUUUAAAAAACCACAUUUCUAUUUUUCCGGUUUCGAUCCUCUGAAACAUCAUUCUCUCCCCAAAUCUUCUCUUCAACCUAAGCUCGGAUCUUCACCUUCCGUGCUGGAUUGAUUGAGCUUAAAAGUAAACAAAUUAUGGAUCAAGAAGUGCAUUUCUGCCAGAAGUUCACAAAUAUGAAAUCUCAUUGGGUAAAAGUGGAGAGACCUUUUCUUCCUACACCACUAAAUGAUUCAAAUGAAGUUGAGGAUUUACUUGUGGAGUCUAAAAGCGAGCAUGUUUUAGGAAGUUGUUUGAGAGUUCAAGAUUUCUCUUGCGACUUUGGCUAUGGAAUACAAACAAACGGUGGAUCUUGAUCAACUGCUGGAUGAUGCCAAUGAAGUAGGGGAAUUCCAUGCAACAAACAAUCUGCCAAAUACAUGUGAAGUUUAUCUUCUCAUCAUAUAAUAUUUAACUUUACCUUAGUAUUGUGUGGUUGUAUGUUAACAAAUUUUAUACGUGGUUUAUCUUGUCAAUAAUCUUGAGUCUCUGUUUUCCCUCUCUUUUUUUCUUUACCGCUGUUUUGCCUUAUCUUUGAUUAUGUAUUCUCAAAGCACAGAUGCCGAAGUUGCUGAAAAUUCUUUCAGACAGAAUAGGGGAUUUCAAUUGGAAAACUCAAGUUCAGAGAGGGAAUCUCAGGGACCAAGCAGGAUUGAUACUGAUGCUUUUGGAAUAUCAGAAUUAUCAGCAACAAUGGUAAUGGAGGCUGAAUUCAGUAAUACACCUGUUGAGAGGGGUUUAACUCAUGAGUUGUCCCCAGGUCUGGGGACCAAAGGUAGGUGUGUAACACCACUUGAAGGCAACAUCUGUGGUACAAUACUUGAUAAUAGAAAUAUCCAUAAGUUCAAUACUAAUGAAAACUAUAUAGAAAAUGGCGAUUUAUCUGAUGAAAAUGUGAAGGGUGAUAUUGUGGCAAACGAACUUGCCAGUUGUUCAAGGGAGAGGAGAUUGCGUAAGCCUACACGAAGAUACAUCGAAGAACUUUUAGAUUCAAAGUCUGAACAUAACAAGGGAAGGCGAAAACUUCCUAGAAAAGAUAAAUACCUGAAAGUGAUGUCUACUGAAGAAUCCAAUCACAUUAGACAUGAGGUACAAAUGACGCCUAGAAGUGAUUCACAAUGUGGUACGUCUGUUCCAGUGCAGCCUAAAUCUGAAAGAAGACAUCCAAAGAAGCAUGUGCCAGAUUCAGAAUUUCUAUCCGAAGAUGAAUUGUCUGCAACUGAGUGUAAGAAUGUUUAUUCAUCUGCUAAAAGAUGUAAAAAGUAUGAUAGGAGGCGCCAGAAGAUGUGGACCCUUACUGAAGUAAUGCGAUUAGUUGAUGGAAUCGCCGAGUAUGGAACUGGCCGCUGGACUCAUAUUAAGAAGCAUCUAUUUGCAUCUUCUCCUCAUCGUACACCUAUAGAUCUCAGGGACAAAUGGCGAAAUCUUCUGAGAGCUAGCUGUGUUAACAUACAGAACAAAAAAGGGAUUGAAGGGAAGCAGACACAUGCCUCACGUCCACUACCAAAGUCCCUGCUCCAACGUGUUUAUGAACUGGCCAACAUCUAUCCAUACCCAAAGGAGCGCGGUCCAAAAUCAGUCAAAGAAAUUACACCUCCCAUGGAUCUUAUUGAAAGUAACUCUUUGUCAUUCAAUUGGGGGCGGAAGAAGUAUGACUGACAUCAACUUUGGAAGCAGCAGAAAUUCCUUUGCAGUCGGAGGUUGAAGUCUAAGUAAUACUUAUAAUUGGAUGUAAAAAGAUCUUUGUUUCUGUUUUGACCCUUUUGUAAUGGUGAUAUGCACUUUGAAAUUGGGAAGAAAAUCUUUUAUAAAAGCCACGGAGCUAAUUAACUGAAAA